GCCACGAGUCUCACUCAGGCAACCAUCUGCUGUUUUACCUAAAUCCGGAGAUUUGGCCAAGCCGCGCAAAUAUCUGUCAUUCUCUCAGAGUGCCCUCACGAGGUGUUAUCCUUCAUCAGCUCUGCUGAAUAGACCAGUAAACACCGAUCUGCUCUCUAAAACCGCUGGGGUUUGGAUGUUCACUCGUAUUGAAACGGGCAGGUGGGAGUUGGAAGUUAGAGGAGCGAGUGCAGAGGAGCGUCAGUGCGGAGAACAGCCAACCUAAAUUAAGGUUACAAUUAUCCUACUAGACCCCGGAGGGAUGUGUCGUAGACUGAAGGAAUUAAUGAAGAAACAAAGCGAUUAAAAACAUUCGGGUCUUGUCUCAAGACAGGCUCGUCGUCUUUCUGAGCACGAUGUUAGAGGACAUUGUGCAAAAGUGAGGAACUGCGAACCGAGAUGGACAAAGACUUGGAAAGCUAUGACAUCGCUGCCAUGCAGAUAUUGUAAGGGAAGCGGGCUUUUGGAAGUGUGACUUCUAAAUGUGACUGAAUGCAUCUCCAACGAACACUGAGCCCCACAUAGAUACCAUCCUGAAAAUAUCUGGUUAUGAGAACUGGCACUACAAAAGUCCCUUGGAAGGAGGUAAGAUGUUCAUGGAUCUGUGUGGCCAGCGGGGCGCAUGGACAGUCCUGCUGUUGUGGUGCCUAAACCUAUCAGCUGCUGACUUCACCUGCCCACAGAAAUGCACUUGUUAUCAUGACACAUUGGAGGUCAACUGCUCCUCAAGACACCUGACAGGUGUGCCUGAGGGGUUACCCAGCAAUGCCAAACGCUUAGAUCUUUCAGGAAACCAAUUGAAAACGUUGGCUAGACGUCAGUUUUCCGGUCUGUCAAAGCUGGAGGACCUGGACUUGAGCGAGAACAUUAUCUCCAUGAUUGAGGUGGAAACAUUUCAGGGGCUGAAGAACCUGCGAUACUUGAGGAUAAAGAACAACCGCCUCAAGAUCCUCCCCGUCGGGGUCUUCUCUGGCCUCUCCAACCUUCAACGUCUGGAUAUCAGUGAGAAUGAGAUCCUGGUUUUCCUGGAUUACACAUUCCGGGACAUGAUUAACUUACAGCAGCUCGAUGCAGGAGAAAACGACCUGGUGUUUAUCUCGCAACGGGCUUUUGUUGGGCUGCAGGCGCUGAAAGAGCUGAACGUGGACCGCAGCAAUCUAACCUCCAUCCCCACUGAGGCUCUGUCGCAACUUCAGAGCUUGACCAAGCUGCGUCUGCGCAAGCUGACCAUAAGCGUGCUGCCCAACAACGCCUUUCGCCGACUGCACCAGCUGCGCACAUUGCAGAUCCUCCAUUGGCCUUCUCUCGAGACGCUUAAUAGCAACAGCCUGGUCGGUCUCAACCUUACCACUUUAGUUUUAAGCAACUGUAACCUUAGCUCUGUACCUUACGCUCCCUUGCGCCAUCUCACUUACCUGCAGUAUCUCGACCUGUCCUACAACCCCAUCACCUCCAUACAAGGCAACUUGCUGGGGGAGCUUCUUCGGCUGCAGGAGUUGCACCUGGUAGGUGGGAGCUUGUUACGUAUUGAGCCGGGUGCCUUCAGGGGUCUGGUCCACUUUCGUUUGCUCAAUGUGUCCUCAAAUCGUCUAACGACAUUGGAAGAAAGUGUCUUCCACUCCGUAGGGAACUUGCAGACACUGCGGCUGGACAGAAACCCGUUGGCUUGCGACUGCAGGCUACUCUGGGUUGUGCGACGGCGUCGGCGGCUGGAUUUUGAUGGCCGCCAACCCACCUGUUCGGCUCUGAAUCAGCACAAGAAGGCAUUUCGUGACUUUUCAGAGGAUGACCUUCCAGUUAUAUUUACGUGCAGACAAGCACAGAUUCUGAACCGCCAGCUGCAGGAUGUGAGUGUGGUGGAGGGCAUGAGCAUACGCUUUGACUGCAGAGCCGACGGCUAUCCGUCGCCUUCUAUUACUUGGCUGUCAGCCCAACAGACUGCACUUAGCUCUGUCGGGAGAGUACGAGUGCUUGCUAAUGGGAGUUUAGAAGUGCGUUACGCCCAAGUACAGGACAGUGGAACGUAUCUAUGUAUUGCAGCUAAUGCAGCGGGUAAUGACAGCAUCUCCAUGAGUCUCCAAGUGGAGGGGAUCCCACAAAACCGCACAGCAUCGUAUUUCUCAGACGAGGGAUGGAUGGAAACUUCAUUACCUCCUUCUACCAACUCCUCGGCACGGGUGUCAAAUCCUUACCCAUUUGAUGCUAAAACCCUCAUCAUUGCUACCACCAUGGGAUUUCUCUCUUUCCUCAGCUCUGUGGCGAUCUGUUUUGUGUUUAUGUUCUUCUGGAGUCAGAGCAAAGGACAGAUAAAACACACUGCCACUAUAGACUUCGUGCCACGAUCAUCCAUGGGUGGAGGUGGAGAUGGUGGGGACACUGGGAGAUUCACAAUGAAGCUUAUUUGAGCUGGAAUAGAAAAUGAAUGGUCACAGUUACAAUUAGUUAAGCCUUUAAAACUGUAGUAACUCUCAAAGUUGCAGCUUGCCAACACAGCAAGGUACAAAGCCUUAUGAUAACACAUUUUGCAAGCCUGACUGACAUUCAUGUAAAUAGGUAUAGUAACUUAUCUUUAUAAUAAUCUCAUUCAUAUUUUGCAAGCCUGAUUGACAUUAAUGUAAGUAGGUAUAGUAACUUCUCUUUAUAAUAACAACAUUUUAGCUGAGAAGUUUGAUUAUAUCAAAUUUAAGAUAAGUAGGUUGUAUUGUGGAUUGAGCAAUGCCAAAGUCUGAAGACAAACAACAAAUACUCUUAGUGUCCGAUAGUAAUAAUUCAUUUUCAUAAAAUAAUACAAUUAUAUAUAACAUUUAUUUACUAUUAAGUACUAUUAAUAGUACAUUUUACGUAAAUAAUUUUAAUAUUGAUAAUUAAACAUUACAUUUAUUAACUAAUUAAUUAUAUAUACACACAUAAUAUAGUGUGUAAAGACUUUUUUUUUUAUAUAUAUAUAUAAUUUUCCACUAAUAAAUAAUUAAACAACUGCUUAUUUAUUGUGGUGUGCCCUUGAUUUGGUGUCAUUUUUUCAGGCUCACAGCUCUUAGUAUAAUGAAUAAAAUCUCUUCCUUUAUGUGGGCUCUGGCACAGUUAGACUUCAGAGAUACUCAUUUCACUGCCAAAUUAAACCAGAACACGGCAUGCGAUGAUGCAUUUGAUUUGAUUUGAACAGUAACUAUGUAACAGUUAACAGUUGUAACUAUGUUGCACAAAUGCAAAAGACUGAAAAAACCCCAUAGAACUAUAUCUGUUUUAACAGCCUAUUAAUGUCUAUUGUAGUUUGUAGCAAUUAAAACAUUGCAACAGGAAAUAAAUUAACUUAGCUAAUAGUAAGUUUUUAAAAAGUUAAGAAUUUAAAUGGAUGAGUUAAGGAUUGAAAUGGAUUACUGUAUUAUAUAUUGUGUGUGUGAUAUUGUUCAUUACAGAUGUUAUACUUAUAGGUUGCCGUAAGAUUACAAAAAUUUUGCAAGGUCAUUCAGAAAUGUCUUUUAUGCUUCUUUUUGCUGUUUUUCAUUUUUUAUAAACAUCAUCAUGUGAUGUUAUGCCAUGUCAGUGACUCUUCUGGCUAUGCACAAAUGGCUAUGUCAUGACUGCACACCACACAUGGUUAUCUACCUAAGAUGCUUUGCAAUUUAUGUAAUGUAUAUAAGUUAUAUUUCCACAUUUUGAUGUUUUUGCUAAUGCAUUUGUAAGUUAUAAUAUUUUGCAUUGGAUCAUUAAAGACUAUGCAAGUCUGCCUGUUCAGAAAACCA